CGGCCGUGCAAUUCGAGGAGGAGAGGCAGAGUAGUAGGAACGGAUCGAGUGAAGGCGCGCCGUCCCCAGGAGUGCAGCCCCCAGGUACUAGUAGUGCGGGGCAGGAACAAGGUCAUCAUGGGGAACAUACUGCUUUCGGUGGAGUAGAGACUGCUGCUGGUACUCCAGCACCUGUUGCAGCCACGCCGAAGGCGGGUGCAACAGCAACUGCACCAGCCGGUCAUAGUACGAGUCAGCCCCCGUCCGAACCGAAGAGAGCAACUCCAGGUGGUGCUGGGUCGUCUUCACCUUUGUUCACCGGGCGUGUGAGCGCCAUAUUGGCGAAACAUCGGAGCCCUGUGGUGCAGUACGACAGUCAUUACCAUGAGCGCAGCUCGCGUUCGCGCACACCCGAAGGAGGACCUGACGAGGCGUCUACCUCCUCGUCCUCGCAAGGACAUCAAGAAGUGGGAACAACGGCGACAGAAGGGUCGUCGUCGUCUUCCUCCGCCUUGGCUGCCACUCCUGGUUUGACUCGUGGUCCCGGAGGUGCCGCUGGUGGUCCCGGAGGUACAGCAACGACCAGCGGACUACCAACACAAAUUCCUGCUGCACUAGCUGCGGUAACUGGAAAACAGCUAUCUACAGAACAAGUUCCUCGACCGAAAGCGAACAGAAGAAGGCCCGGGGCAUUGAACGACGACAACGAUGAUUUGACGCCCAUGGGCCUCGCUCCGGUCCCGGACUUUGGGUCGAAUUUCCGACCGGCGUCCGAAUCCCGCGGUGCGGAGCAGAAUUUCCUCGACAAGCGCGACGGCUAUCUGCGGGGUGAAAACUACAAAGGGAACAAAGCAAAUCCAGGUUCCCCGGUCGUGGGGAAGAACAAAAGUACGUCUAAACGGGACGACGGCGACCCUUUUUCCACAAAUAACGGGGAGAUCGACGUGAAUGCCAUCACUGAGCGGGAGAAGUUUGAGGAAAUUUUUUCGGAUAUCAAAUGUAAAAAUGUCUGGGUCUGGAAACUUGUAAUGCUGAGUUGUGAAUAGUGAAUGGUCCGUACUAAUGCAUAGCCAAGCAUGAGAAAUAUUUCCGGGGCUUAGUGUUGCGUUUUCCGCAUGACAAACUGCGUUUUUGCAUGACAAGCAAAAGGGUCUCUUCCUGGACACGCAUCACAGACUUUUCAGUCAUGCCAGACAAGCAUGACAAACCUUGCACCCUUCCAGACCCAGACAUUUUUACAUUUGAUAUCGGAAGACGACAUGCGGUGCAUGAUGCCGAAACUCCAGACGCCGACGUAUAAGCAACUGAAGAGACAGCAAAGAAACAGCUUCGCAGGCCAGAGAAACUCGUGGGGAAACAACAAUCGCCUCUCCAAUCACGGCGCUGCCCCCCGGGACUCUUCGGACAAUCUACUGAACCGCAGCAACCAAAACAUCCAGGUUUCCGCCUCCGGGGAGCGCUUCAGUUUCGGCACGCCGGGGGGCAAUUUCUUGCAGCAAAAUCCCGACGGGAGCAUUGACCUCGAGUCCGCGCCAGAUUCCGGGGACGAGUCACUAUGAACUGCAAAGAUGUCUGGGUCUGGAAGAAUGCCAGACUUGUCAUGCAGGUUUUCCAUGACCCAUGAGGUCUGGUAUGUAGGACAUAGCAUGACAGAUUCUGUGAGAGUUCAAUCAUCCAUGCCUACCCUGCAUGAGAAACUGCCUCUCGAUUAGGUCAACAGUGGACAGCUUUUGGCUAUCAUGCAACACAGAUUUUUACAUGAUUCAGAUUCAGCAUGACAGGUUGCUUUGUUCCAGACCCAGACAUUUUUGCAUUUGAUAGUCACCCAGUCCGUUCAAUUUCCAAUCCGCGUGGGGUCUGGGGUUCGGCUGCAACUCGCCGAAGCUGCCGCAUUUACCCACCGCGGAGGAGAACGCGCGGAAGAAGGAGCGGGCGAAUUUCCAGGAAAAGUGGCGGUAUUACCUGCAAAACUUCUUGAACUCCGUAUCCAGUGUACAAACGUGCCCACCCCAGAGUUGUCAUGCAAUUCCGUAUGCCAAAAAAGUUUCUUAUGCGGAGCCCCAUGAGAAGCAUUUUCUAUUCGUAUUUGGGACCGUGUGAUGCUAGGAUCAGCAUGAUAUGCUAGAUCUGUGAUGCUUCUGAGCUAGCUAAACAGGAUCACACUACGAGGACAAACUUGUCAUGCCAAACAACCAAAGCUGUGCGAUUUGUAUAGCAGACUUUCCAUGUUGACUCUGGUGUGGGGACGUUUUUUCUCAGGAUACUCCGAGUACAACGGGGACGAGUUCGAGGAUGAAAGUAUCAACGGAGACAACGACUCAGAAAUUGACAGCAGCAGCGACUUCGCCUACGCGCAUAUCAAGUGUAAAAAUGUCUGGGUCUGGAAGAUUCAUGCUGUUUUUGCAUGACACAGAAGGUCUGGCAUGGAAGCGCUAGCAUCACAGGUUUCGAGAAGCUUCCGCAAUGCCGAACCGGCAUGAAAAGUCCCCCAUUUUGGCGACAGAAUUGGGCAGCUUUUGCUACCGAUGCAUGAGAGAUUUUUCUGUGUUCGAAAAUGCGCAUCACAGGUUCGGAUCCUUCCAGACCCAGACAUUUUUACAUUUGAUAGCACACAUCCAAGUCCCAAGUACGGAGACCUACCGCGUGUCUGGUGAUGUUCGUGGGAACAGUAGUGCUGCUGCGGGUACUAGAACCUCUGCCACUGGUGCUCGUCCUCGCCAUGAAAAUCCUGAAAAUCUAGCCGGGAACGACCAGCUACAACUCAGUUCGGUCCUGGCGCAAAAUGCUGCAGCUGGCGGCGCUUUUAACAACGACCCCGGUUCUGACUUCGAAAGAGAUGUUGGCAUAGUUCGUGGCAGCGGGCAGCUUCCCGGAACAAGCCCAUCAGGUCGUUCAUCAGGAGACUUCGCGGGCUCCUCGUCCGUGCUGUCGGGUCCGGGACUGCUUUCCAGUAAUUUCACAGCUGAUCUUCAUGAUGAACAUUCGGAUUCGAAUCUCGGAUCAUCUUCCGCGCCCUUCACGCCUCCGAAUCUACCCCCCUGGUCUAGUCCAAACUCCUCCCCCCCUGCUUCUCCGCUGGGUGAAGGUGGUGGUGCAACAAUGAACCCCGCGGGAAGAUCUUCGUUGUUAGGAGCUGCACACCAACUACCAAAGCCCUUUUUCGCAGGAGUACCACUUUCAUCAACAUCGCCACAACGUUUCAGUAAUGUCCCCGGAGUUGUGUUGCCCCCGUUAGAACCCCCACCGGGCUUCAAGAUGGCGGACCCGAACACGUUUAUGCGGAAAUCGACGCCGGGGGGAGAUUCGAUCAUCUCCAAUGCGGGAUCCGAUAUUGAUCAGGACAGUGCGUUCUUUCGCUCCACGACGGGGGAGCAAGACAAGGCUAUUAACAAUAAUUUUCCGUCCAACGGGCUGCAUGGACCAGCAACACCAGCAAGUCCUCGGGACAACAAGCAAAAGGUCACUGUGAUGAAGACGGUGAAAGUGAAGAAAACGUGGCAAAAAAUCAUCGUGGACGCCCUGAAAACCACCGGAGGUAACGAAUUUCAGUUUAUCCGCGACGGGGCCACUGGGGAGGCGAAUUUCGCCGGUGCUGCUGCCGCUGCUGGCGAUCAUGGGGGGACUUCUUUUCAUACUGGCGGAAGCGCAACACCAGCUACAGUCACUCCCGACGGGACGCCGGUGCAACCAAACCCCGGAGCGUUGUUCUACGAAAAAGAUCGGCAACAGUUACAGCAGAGACCAGCGUCGGACCCUCUCUGGUGGCGGCACGUGAAGGUGGAGUAUAAAAUGCCCGUGUCCCUCCUCAACGACCCGUUACUUACCUUCUCGAAGCUACAAAAGCUCUUCCUGAAGAUCAACAACCGGGUGUUCUCUAUCGAGGGACACACGGACCACUCCCGCGCACCGUACGACGCGAUCAGUAUGGACUUCGGGUUUAAGGACUUGUUGA